CGCCAAUCUCGACGAGAAUCACAAUAAGAAGAGCGAUUGGAAGAAUAUUGCCUAGGUUCAGUGCUCGAAGAAAUUUUUCUACGCUACAAUUUCUCAAUAUGCGCCUCUCAUAUGUUCCUGAUCCUCCAAACUUCACCUCCGAUGCGGACAAUGAAAUCGUACAGAGGAUUCGGCAACGACGAGGCGAACGAGGUUUGAUAUCGUUGGAUAGGGCAUUGCUACAUAGUCCUCCUGUAGCCAAUGGCUGGAACACCCUACUUGGCGCUGUCCGCACCCAAACCACACUUUCGGUCUCCAUAAAGGAGACGGCCAUCACCCGCGUCGCAGUUUUGAAUCGCGCUUGGUACGAAUUCGAGCAUCAUGCGCCGUUACUUCUGAGAGACGGCGGGAUGCCAAUCGAAGGGCUGAAAUACAUCCUUUCAGUACCUGCGCGAACACGGCCAGAAAUCAGCGCCAAGAUUGGCAUGGAUGAGCAGCAUGCAGCGGUGCUACAGUACACGGACUACAUGACGCUCGACUGCGAGGUGCCCGACGAUGUGUUUGCGAGGUUGAAGAGCCUGUUCAACGAACGUGAAGUCGUGGAGAUUACCGCAACUGUCGGCGCAUACAAUUGCGUGUCGAGAUUCUUGGUUGCUCUAGAUGUCAGUGAAAGGAAUGGGGUGGAAGGAAUGAAGGAGUCACUGAAGCAUGUCAGCGCGGAGUUGGAAGACGUAACACCUGCGAGUAGAUAAACUGAGAAGAAUAAACGCUGGGGCGGAGCAAGGCGAACAGUCUACUCGAAAAAUCGUCCAGUUUGCCGAGAAAAAUAAGUUUGUUUAUGAC